AUGCAGAAGAUUGUUGCCUUGCUCCAUCCAUUGCAUGGGAUCUUGGAGAACAUCCUGGACAUAGCUUCUGAGGAGAAGGUAGAAAGGAUUUCCGAGCAAUCAAAUCUUGAUCCGGAGGAUGGGCUUAGAUUCCUAGAACGGGAGGCUCUCAUUAUUAAUGAUCUGGCCAAGGAGGUGGAGAUCAAACUCUCACAGUGCAGGGAGAAGGAAAGGAAGGAGAAAAGCAGGAUGGAGAGUAUGAUAUCAAGCUUAAUGAAGGAGAACCAGGAUACUAGGAGCAUGCUUGAAGUUGCUACAACUGAGGAGGUGGCGGAGAAUAGCCUCCCCAUGUUUAGGGCCGAUGGUGAUCAGAGAAGAAGUGCAAUCCUGCAGAUUAAUGAGAAGGGAUUGCAGAAGGUUGGCUUUGGCUUCAUCAUGGAAGUGAUAGGUGGAGAAUCACAAGGAGAAGAGAUGAGCAGCUGCGGUGCCAGUAUGGUGGCAUCAAACGGAAGAGAAAGUAAACAGGAGGUUGACAGUCUGGUUUCAAUAGUUGGUAAGACACUGAAAAACCUGCAUCACGAAAUCAAUAAUCUCAGACAGGCCUUUGACAAGUCCAGGUCAGAUUGUGAUCAUUUCAUCUCCUCGCUGCUGAACAUGCUCAGAAGAUAA